AUGUGUAGGCGAUUCAGAGCUAGUCUGGACCCCAAGCCCUGUGCUGAGGCUUAUAUCGUGAAGGAGGGAGCGCGCCCGCCGCCCCGGAGUUUACGAGCUUGCCGGUCAGAAUCAAAGCAGUUGGGGCUGCCUGGCCGCCCCCAUAAAACGGCGUUCUUCUCCCGCCCUUCUGGGCUUUAUGGUGCCAUGAAUCGCCUGUGUGAGGAGAUGAAGGCCGCUGUGCAGAAAUGUGUGCAGAGCCCUCGGCACAGCAAGGAGGCCCUGAACAGACUUAACCAAGCCAUCCAGCAGCUAAAGACAGAGCCCUGUGAACUAGAGAAAACCAAAGAUGUGGAGGCCCUGCAAGAUGUGGCCUCAAGCAGCACUAAGGGCAAACUGGCCUGGCUGGAGGCUGCCCUGCAGCGGGCCAAGCAGGACAUGGCGAGACAGCUACGUGAGUACCAGGAGCUCAUGAUCGUCAAGCUGGGCCUGGACUUUGAGAUUGCCACCUACCGCAGGCUGCUGGAGGGCGAGGAGCAGAGGCUUGGUCUGGGUCUUGGGGCAGGGAGAGAGGGCAGCGAUGUCACUGGAGGUCCUAGCCUGAUCUCGGUCUCCGUCCCACUUCGGGCACCUGGACUCUGUUCCCGUGGUCUAGACGUGAGCGCCCCCGGUGGUGUUUGCGCGCUCUGCAGCUCCGCAGGCUGUGUCGAGGGCUUUGGAUGCCUUGGCCCUAGGGAAUGUUGA